CCCUGCUAUGGAACUUGAUGAGAUCGCAGUGACAGUUCUUCCCGAGGAUGGCAUAGCCAAUGGUGAAACAAAGAAAUUGAAAAGAGAAAUGAAGACAGCAGACGCCACUAAACUAGACGAUAUUCCAGAUAAUAUUUUGGAAGACAACACAAAGGAAGCGUUUACUCGCCUCUGCAAGUGUCUAACAUUGAGCAUCGCGUACGCGGCCAACUGCGGUGGCAUCGGCAGUCUCACAGGAACUGGACCAAACCUUGUCAUGAAGGGACAGCUCGACAUAGUCUUGGAGGAGUAUGGCAUUACGCAGUCCCCAAUCACCUUCGCAUCGUGGAUGGGGUUCGGAGUACCUCUGUCCUUUACCUUAGUCAUAAUUGUCUGGAUCUGGCUGCAGAUCAUGUUCCUCAGAUGCAAAAAUUGUUGCGGAUCCAGAAAUCCGGAAAGAGCAGCUAGGGUGAAGGCUGCAAUCCAAAGGGAAUACGAAAAAUUGGGACCAAUUACAUUUGGUCAAGGUGCAGUGAUGGCUCAUUUCAUUGUUCUGGCGAUCCUAUGGGUUACUCGUGAUUUGGGCGGAGAAUACGGUUGGGGAAAACUCUUUAAACAGGGGUACGUGAAGGACGGUGUACCCGCGGUGUUUAUAGCCGCUCUUCUCUUUAUAUUUCCUUCUAAAGUUCCAGAGGCAUUUUGUAGAAGAAUUGACGGUACCCGAGCUCCGUUAAAGCCUUUAUUAUCGUGGCGUGCGGCGGUGGAUAAGGUACCAUGGGGUGUGGUCUUCCUGCUCGGCGGAGGCUUCGCUAUGGCCAAGGCAUCAAAGGAAUCCGGUUUGUCCGCCUGGGUUGGGGAGAAGCUGUCAGUUCUCGAUUUUCUAGAGCCAUGGGUGCUUAACCUCGUGCUUUGUUACAUCAUCGCUGCCAUGACGGAAGUGACGUCAAAUACCGCUACGUGCACGCUCAUGAUGCCUAUCCUUGCUAACCUGGCAGUGCACCUGAAGCAGACUCCCAUAUACCUGAUGUUCCCAACGGCCAUAGCAACGUCAUUCGCCUUCAUGCUGCCUGUGGCCACGCCUCCUAACGCCGUCAUCUUCUCCUAUGGCUAUGUUAAGGUCACGGACAUGGUUAAGGCAGGCUUCAUAUUGAACGUAAUAUGUGUGUUGGUGCUCAUCGGGUUCACUGAAACGCUUGGAAACAAGCUGUUUGACUUUCACACACUUCCGCCGGAAAUAGCUUUAUAUUACAAUAACACGACUUGACAUAGAACUUCGUAAUGUAAACAAUUGUUUUGAUCCUGUGGAUAUAUUAGCUUACAUGAAUGAUAAAACAAGGUGGCAAU